AUGGCAUUUGCAUCGAUAAAUUCUUCAAGCGUGCCCUUGGUCGCAAUUGAAGAAGCGUUCGCGACAGAACCCGCCCUCAAAAAAAGAGUCUAUGAUGCGAUCGGAAAAACACCUCAACAUGCACCUCUGUUCGAAGACCUUGCUCGUUACACCUCGUCUCUGCUGGCCAGGACUACCACUACCCUCCCACUUGCUGGGCCGCCACCAAGCGACGGCCCUGCGUCAAAGAAGCGCAAAAUACAAAAUGGUGUUUCUGGAUCGAAUGCACAUGUGUUCACUGAUGUGAAAGCCGCAGACGUAUCGGUAGAAUUCUAUGUUCAGGAUAUAUCGUUCGCGAUGCCGCAGCGCAAGAAGCUCAUGCUCGAAAUUGCUGGGCAAAAUCUCCUUCGUGCGAAGAAUCAGAGCACCAAGGAGGUAGAAUUCGGUGUGCCGAUGGAUCAAAUUCGUCAUGUCCUCUGUCUUCCUGUACCAGAGAAGACACAGAAACAAUUCAACUUCUGCAUCAUCCCCGAGUAUGCCGAUGGAAUCACACCGCCACCUGAAGGUGUUACAGCUGCAGAUUGUAUGGUAUUCACAGUGGCCGACGGGCCGGCAAAAGCAGCUUUCUCUGGGUCAGGGCAACAGCUCGGCCAUGGUGAGGGCGAGAGUGCCGAAGAGCUCAUCCGAAGGAUGUUGAAUAACAACUUGCCCAACACCCAGGUUAUCAGGCCUGACCCGAAUGAGUUUGCUAGUUCCACACCGGAGGCCCACCGCAAGGGUGAGAAGGCAUAUCACGUCAAGGCGUUCCGUGGUAGUAAAGAGGGUUAUCUCUUCCUUCUGUCAACUGGAAUUUUAUUUGCCUUCAAGAAACCGCUUUUGUUCUUCUCAUUUGACACCAUUGAAUCCGUUUCAUAUACGUCUGUCCUUCAGCGAACAUUCAAUCUCAACAUCGUGGCUCGUCCUCGUAACGGCACAGAGGAAGACAAUAUGGAAUUUGAGUUCUCUAUGGUCGAUCAGGAAAACUUUGAUGGAAUUGACACCUACAUUAGACGCCACGGACUGCAGGAUUCCAGCUUGGCCGACGCUCGACGCGCGAAGGUGUACAAUGUUAACAAUAACAAGAGUCAGGGUAUUGACGGGACAGAUGAAGCACCCGUGGAGGAAGAAAGCGAGCUACAGAAAGCCCACCUGGAACUGGAGGACGAGGAGGAAGAAGAUGAAGAGGACUACGACCCAGGCAGUGAUGCCGAGAGUGAAGGAAGUGGAUCAAGCAGCGAAGAAGAUUCUGAUGAAGAGGAAAUGGCAGAUGCCGACCAAGAUGAUGACGGAGAUGAUGAUCUCAUUCAACAAGAAUUGGGCAUCGAAGCCGAAGAUAUUGCCGAAAAAUAG